AUGGCUGUGACGCGAAGGGCUGUUGAGCGGCGAUUGGGAGUCGACCCAGACCGCCUCAUCACAUACUUCUUCGUCUGCGACAAGUGCUGGGACCGUCAUCCUAUGUCCGAGCUGAACGAUCUCCAGUCCCCUGCAUGUACUAUUGCUGGAUGUGACGGCACCCUCUACAAACUGAAGGAGAUCAGCAACCAAAAGACGAAGCGCGUCCCAGCCAAGUUGCUACCUACGAUGAAGCUCGAAUCAUGUAUCCGUCGUCUGCUCGCUCGGCCUGGAAAGUAUCAGAUGUUGCGAAGGUCCUUGCGUCACAUCGACGAUCACGAUCCAGAUGCAUCUCCGCUUGCACUACCACCCCCGGACAGCCUGCUCGACGCAUUUCCCAAUGGCGAUGUUCGUCUGCGUGACAUCAGUGAUGGUUGUGGGUUGCGUUCUCUCGCCGCUGAUCUUGUUCGGAAGCGUGUCCCAAAGGAGGAGAGUGGUGAUAGAGUGAAGGAUACGCCCAAGGAAGGCAGGCAAAGGACUCGUCGUUUUAUCUCCUUGCCCUGUGGCCUUGUGCUCAUGAUCAACAUCGACUGGUUCCAGCCAAUGAAGAAGAGUGGUCAUGGUCAACAUUCGACCGGCGCAAUCUAUGUCAUGCUAGCGAACAACUCCGGUGCUUUGCGCUUCCUUCCAGCCGAGAUGUUCCUCGUUGCCAUACUUCCAGGCCCCGAUGAGCCUACCACCGAACAAUUGAACAAAGUCAUACAGCCUCUUGUGGAUGAGCUACUGCGCUUGUACAAUGGUGUAGACAUGCCUGUACAUGGGAUGGAUGGGAAGCAGUGCAUCCACUGCGCUCUCUACAUGAACAUCUCAGAUCUGCCUGCCAGUCGAAAGAUCUCGGGAAUGCGUGGUCACACUUCCGAGGAAUGGAUGUGCACCUGGUGCAAAAUGACCAUGGCAUCUCUCACUCACUCGCGAUGUUUCGAUCCUGCAGGCUUCUCCCUGCGUAGUGAUUGGCGCUACCUUAAGUACGCAUACCACUCACAGCACCUUUCCGAUGCACAGAAGAAAGAGGUUUGGGAGAAGCGGGGCGUUCAGUGGUCAGAACUUGACCGCUUGCCGGGAUGGAUGCCGUCGGUGAACUCGCCUCUCGAUCUCUUGCAUGGUGGCUUUCUGGCAUUUGUCAAGCACAUCAUCCGGGUCAUAUGGAUCAAGUACGGCCUUCUGAAUGCCCGUCGAGGCGAUUCAUCGAGCCCACUUCAGCGCUUUGAAGAUGCUUUGUCUUCGAUUGUAUGGCCUUCAGAUGUCAGUAGGGUCCCAUCGAAGGAGGACGGCAAGAUCCCUCAUCGCCAAGCACCACUUCCCCGCUCAUCUACAAAUGCAUCGAAGGAGCUCACCCGUCUCGAGGCUCUAUACAACUCGCGCCGUGUGAAGGACAUGCAGGCGCGACGAGCCGAGGGUAUGGCCACUGACGAAGAUGUCCGUGAUGCAAUCGAGAACCCUGUGGCUAUGGAUCGAAGUGUGAGCGCACACUAUGAUCAUACCCUGUCAGCACUCACUGCUCUUCGGGCUUGGAGUCAGCGGGACAUAUCUCCCAAUGAGGCUCAGCGAGCCGAGCACCAUUAUGUCGCCGCGUGCAAGGGAUGGGCGAGCAUACAUGCUCUACUCACUCCGUACUUUCACUUACUCGGGCAUACAACUGCCAUCAUACUGCGAUAUGGACCACUUCCCUCGUUCUGGCUAUUCGGUUGCGAGCGUGCGAAUGGCAAGCUGACCAAAUUCCGAACCAACAAUCGCGAUGGAGGAGAGCUUGAAGCGACUCUCAUGAGGUGUUGGACGAAGACCCAGCUGGUACACGAGCUUAUGGAACAGCUCCAAACGCAUGCCGAUGUCAGCGAGUUGGACAGGGACGCAUACAACGAGCUCAAGGAGUGUAUCGAUGGUGAGGGCUCAAAGUCAAAGCUCGGUGUCCAUCAGGCACUUGUGGACAUGCUCGCUGCUCGCGCAGCUGAACAACUCAACACGCCAUCGCCUGGUAUACCGGCCUUCCGACUCUCGCCGCAGAGCAAGGCCAUUCGUUUGCAGAAGCUGGGCUUAUACAACCUGGCUUUCGAGUAUGUCCGAGAGCUGUGGAAGGAUACCGUACACUUGGUCCCACUCUCUUCGGUUCCCAACUGGCGUGACGGCGAGGAAGCUUUUGGCGAUCUUCAUGUGCGGUCCUAUCAUUAUGUCUGCGUCAACGGACGACAAUUCGGGGCCUACAACUCAUUCCAUGGCCGUGGGCGAUCCAACGUCUUCAUCGACGGCCGCCAGGCAACUCGUGUGCAGCGCAUUCUUCGCAUCGAGCAUGUCCGUGCUCAGGGUGCAGCCCAGUCUGAGACGCUCAGCACUACAGUUGCUGUUGUUUCUCGCUUCAGAUCCGAUCCAAGACUUCCGAUGAUGCCUUGGGAUACCCGAGGUGUAGAUCCCGGCAUAUAUACAUGGCUCGCGGACGAUGAAGCCUUUGCGUCUUUCGAGAUCAUCCCGGUCGAGCGCUUGACUGGGCACUUUGCGCUUAUGCCCAUCCCUCUGGGUCGCGAUGCGCCGUGGUCAUCUGCCUGGGCCACUAUAUCUACGGACCGCUGGGGGCAGGAACCAGAGCCUAUUGUUGACUUUGAUGAUAAUAUAUGGGCCGAGUAG